GCUGCCCUGGCCAGGAGCACCCUCAAGCACACUACAGAAGUUCCCUGUGCCCAUGGGGCCUUCUCAGCCAGUCCGUGCCCGUCGGCCCCGGGGCCUAAAUUCCCCCUACCGCAGGCCAGGGCUGGGCUGGCCUCGGCCUCGAUUUCCCAGGAUGUUCAAGUGUAGCCGCAGGAGGUACCGGCAGAAACCCCAAGGCCCAGCUGCCACCGCUGCAGCCACCAGUCCUGCCACCGUGGCCACAGAUAUCAACAACACUCCUACAGCCACCACCAGGGUGUGGAUCCUUCCGCCACAAGUUCUCAGAUACCUCUGUCAACCUGGCAGCUUUCUGAUCUUCUAGAAAUGUCCAGAAACUAGUCCAGAAGCUUGGCUGGCUCCAGACCUGCAUCUCCUAGGGGCCAUGGGUGGUUAACA